GCCACUACUUUUGCUCAAUGUCUGGUUCCUCGUCAGCUCUUACGAGUUAGGUCCAUGUCGAACAGCAGACUCACCAGUCACGAGUCACGACGCACGACGCACGACGCACGACUAGUCAGUGGCCACCUUCGUCUUGGACUCUUAUCCACGAAAACUUGUCUCCUAGUCCUAACAGCUAGAGCCCAGCCAGGCCCACGUUGGAAUAUUUUGCACUAAUGUCUCUUCGAGUUUCUUCAACAGCUACAGGAACCUACGAGGCUAGUACCGGCUACACAUAACGUUGGAAUUUUUUGCAAUAAUCCUUCCUUCAUAGCUUCAUUCGGCACAUAAAUAUUAGUGUUAGUCGCUUAACCCUAAUCCUCCAUUCCUGCAUUGCGAUCUACAAUGCAUCUCUUGUCGUUCCUGUUAUCGUCUUACUGGAUUUGUGCAGGCAUGUUGAAUUAUGUUGAUAAUACUGGGGUUGGAUUUUGAAGUAUCUUUCCAAGUAGGAGUGUAAGAAUUCAUGUAGGCCUGUUGGUUUGAUACCUUGAUGGACCAAUUGACAAUUGAAAAUGGAGCUGAAAAUGAUAUCCAACAACUACCUGCAAGCAAUGAUGAGUUUGGAGGUGUGAUGGUAGAGAUGAAGGAGCAUAUGGUCUCAGAUGUCUUUCGUACUCUGCUUAAAAGUUCAAUGGCGCAUUGGAGAUCACAGGGCAAGAAGGGUGUUUGGAUUAAACUGCCAAUUGAGCUAUCGAAUCUUGUGGAGACUGCAGUUAAGGAGGGUUUUGUGUACCACCAUGCUGAACCCAAGUACCUGAUGCUCCUUUACUGGAUUCCUAAAACUAUAAAUCCAAUCCCUGCAAAUGCUUCACAUAUAGCACGUGUUGGAGCUAUUGUCUUAAAUGAUAGGCGAGAGAUGCUUGUUGUCCAGGAGAAGAUGGGGCAACUACGAGGCGUUUGGAAGGUCUCUACUGGAAUUAUUCAUGAGGGUGAGGAUAUUUCUGUAGGGGUGGUUAGAGAGGUCAAAGAAGAAACAGGAAUCGAUACAGAGUUUGUUGAAGUACUAGCAUUCAGUCAAGAGCACAAUGUAUUCUUUGGGAAAUCAGAACUAUUUUUCAUGUGCAUGAUGCGUCCAUUAUCGUAUGACAUCCUCGUUCAAGAAACAGAAAUUGAGGCAGCCAAGGUACUACUUGUACACACUACAUCUAACUCCCUCUUCAAACCACCAAAGGCUAUUCAGUGUCUUAUAAAGGAAAGGAUAAAAGUGAAAAUAAAUAAAAAAUGA